GGGCACGAGGCCGUGGUGAGGUUGCUUCUCGACACGGGCAAGGUCGACGUCGACGCGAGAGACAAGAAUGGCCGAUCACCGCUCUCGUGGGCCGCCGAGAACGGACACGAGGAGGUGGUCAAGAUGCUCCUCGACACGGGCAAGGUCGACAUCGACGCGAGAGACACAGAGUAUGACGGGACGCCGCUCUCGUGGGCCGCCGAGAAUGGACAUGAGGCGGUAGUCAAGCUGCUUGUUGAUACGGGGAAGGUUGACGUCGACUCGAGAGAUAAGGAUAACCGGACGCCGCUCUGGUGGGCUGCAACGAAUGGACAUCAGGCGGUGGUCAAGUUGCUU